AUGGAGAUUAGACCAAUCUGUGUUGCACUCGUCUAUGCAUUUAUUUACACUGCUGUAGGAGUAAUAAAUCAAUACAUUAAACUUGUUGUUGAAGCUCUUUUGGUUACUUUGUGGUAUGAUAUAGGGUAUAUGGUUGAGGAUUCCUUGGAUUGGAUGGAGUUGAUUUCACUUCAAAGCAACAUCCUUGGUGCAAAUUCACAUUUAUCUAGAUUGCUCUUGUUGAUGGCAGAUGGUGGUUCUUGUUGCUAUAUUAUUACGACUCAAAUUAGAUGUGAAGAUGUUGCUUUGAAUUGGUUGCUUGCUGAUGACAAUGUCGAGCGGAUACUACUACUAUUUCUGCUUAACUCGAACCUUGAGGACAAGGUUCUUCUUGAGGCGGGAAGUAUUGUUAUGAACCAAGUUGACUACAUAAGGGCCUAUGGGCUAGAAGUGUUCCAGAUUCUAACAAGUCGACCGAAGAAACUGCAUUCAUUUAAGAUCACUGGGAUUGGAUCGUCAAUGGAAUUGCUGGAAUCAACAGGCAGGCGACUUACCGAGUUUGCUGACUCGUUCGGGCUGCCCUUCGAGUUUAAACCGGUCGAGGGCAAAAUCGGAAAUAUAACUGACCUGAGUCAACUCGGUGUGAAAGUAGGGGAAACUACUGUAGUUAAUUGGAUGCAUCAUUGUCUUUAUGAUAUAACUGGGAGUGAUUUAGGGACGUUCAGAUUGUUGACUUUGUUAAGGCCCAAAUUGAUCACGACCGUUGAACCAGAUUUGGGUCAUGGAGGGAUUUUUUUGGGCCGGUUUGUUGAGGCAUUGCAUUAUUAUUCAGCUUUGUUUGAUGCAUUAGGGGAUGGAUUGAGUGAAGAGAGUGUAGAGAGGCAUAUGGUGGAGCAGCAAUUGUUUGGCAGUGAGAUUAGGAAUAUUGUAGCUCUAGGUGGUCCCAAGAGGACUGGGGAGGUGCCUGUAGAGAGAUGGGGUGAUGAGUUGAAACGGGUCGGGUUUUUACCCGUUUCGUUAUCGGGUACUCCAGCUGCACAAGCUAGUUUGUUGCUAGGGAUGUUUCCAAGAGGGUAUACUUUGGUUGAGGAAAAUGGGUGUCUGAAGAUGGGUUGGAAGGCUUUGUCUUUGUUGACUGCCUCUGCAUGGCAACCCUGCGACUAAAGGGCAGUUCAGUGCACAAAGCGUUUCGCGUUAGCAGGGUUCGGGAAAAGGACCUCACUUAAAGGACGGUGAUGUAAACAGCCUAAUCUAAGGCAAGCAUCAGUGGCUGCAACUGUGCGAUUAAGAUGUUUUCUUGUUCAAUUUGAACAGUUAGAUCAUGUUAUGACGUUGUCCUAAAAGAAAUUGGACGUACUAAUAAGUGAACUGCUCUUGUUCACUUUGGUCUUAACUCUGAGGAGAGAGGAGACCUCACAUGUAUUUGUCUCAUUCUUGAAAAUUAUUCAUUUAAGAAAUAAUUGCAAUGGAACAAAG